ACCCAAAGUAGUCCCAGAUUUUCUGCUAGCUAGCACGCAUUCUCUACAUUUCUAUCUUCUCCUUCUCAUAAUGAGAGCACAAAGAAUGGUGCCUGCUAUCACCUUGGAUCCAAGGCUUCCAAGCUAUCUGAAGCAAAAGACCAACAACACAGUCGACCAUCAUCAGCAGCAAGAGAACUUUGUGAUCGAAGAAAUCGAAGGGCUUAUCAGAGUAUACAAAGACGGACGUGUCGAGAGACCUCAGAUCGUGCCGUGCGUCACGGCCGGCGCCGCCGAUCCGGAGUUAGGCGUGACAUCCAUGGACAUAGUCAUUGACAGGUUCACAAACGUUUCCUCACGUUUCUAUGUUCCGAUACGCCGCGACAUGAAUAAUCCGAUGAAGAAGCUCCCUCUGCUAGUGUAUUUUCACGGAGGUGGGUUUUGCGUUGGCUCCGCCGCCUGGAGUUGCUACCAUGAAUUUUUGGCAAAGCUAGCAGCCAAGGCCGGUUGCAUAAUCAUGUCGGUAAAUUACCGUUUGGCUCCUGAACACCCUCUUCCGGCAGCGUAUGAAGAUGGACUCAGAUCCCUUGUGUGGCUAAAGCAAGAAGCUUCUUGUGAACGUGGUGGGGAGGAGGAGAGUAACCAGUGGUGGUCGACGCAGUGCGACUUUUCUAGAAUAUUCUUGGUGGGGGAUAGUGCUGGUGCCAACAUAGCCCAUAAUGUGAGCAGGAAACUGCUUUGUUCUGAGACAUUUCUAUUGCCUUUAAUUAUUAAAGGUGUAAUUCUGGUGCAACCAUUUUUUGGGGGAGAAGACAGGACGAGUUCGGAGAAGAACCACGACAUGGUGCAGCCACGGCGUCGCUCGGUGUUGAACCUGGCAGCUUCGGAUACCUACUGGAGAUUGGCACUGCCAGCCGGUUCGAACCGCGACCAUCCAUGGUGCAACCCUUUGGCUAACGGCUCCUGUUUUGGCUCGGAUAGCGUGGCGAUGAUGGUGUGUAUUUCGGAGCUGGACAUUUUGAAAGAUAGGGAGUUCGAGUUUUGUGGUGCAAUGGUUAGAGCAGGGAAAAAGGUUGAGACUGUGGUGUACAGAGGGGUAGGGCAUGCGUUUCAGGUACUAGAUAAGUCUAUGCUUGCACAAACUCGAUGCCAGGAGAUGAUAACUCAUAUUAAGGCCUUUGUUGAAAACAACUAGCUAGAAGAAUCUAUGUGAGAAGAAAUGAGAAUUUACAUAUUAGAAGUAUGGUAGCUAGAGAAAUCACUUAUCCGAUCUGUUAUAUUUU